AUUUCAGAGCUGUUUAGGGUGAUGCGUACCUAGAGUUGCCACCUAGAAGGGAUUAAAAAAUCCCAGUUUUUAUGAACAAAUAUACGAAUUGCCCAAAUCAUGGCUAAUAUUUUAAUAUUUCUGGCCUCUUUGAAAGGAACGAUGAUCUAGACUGAAAAUUUGUUGACGUGCAGAUCUAGGAUGCAGUAUCUGACUUUUUACAUCACCCUAAAUGACGUCCUAUUAAGUAAUAGCAUGACAACUAUUUUUCAGGGUCAUCGGAUUAGUAUUAACUUUUCUAUGUACACCGAAAUAGAAUUUUUACACCGACUGCAUUAUUUUAAUUGCAGCAGAGUACAGUAUUGAUUUACUUACAUAAGUACGAUUUGCAACAAAAAAUGAUGAAGUAUUGCUAAACUUUACAUGAUUUUUUUAAACAGCUGUUGUUUAUUCAUAUCAUCAGUUUUUUAUCUAACAAUUAUGCUAUCGAUAUAUAUCUGAAGGGUUGUGUUGGAAAAAGUAUGUUCCACAGUACUGUUCUUAAAAUCUGCUGUAACGAUGCUAUGAAAAAUACUGUUCAUGGCGACAUUUUAAUAUACAUAGAUUUUUCUGUAUAUCGAGGAAGGAACAUAAAAUUUAGUGGUAACUACAUUAUAUUAGAAAAAAAAUGUCGACCGGACGAGAAGCUGAUUAAUGUGAUUAAUGUUUGAAAAAGGAAUAUCCAAAAUAUUCUAGGCACACAAAAUAUAGUAGUCCAAUGACCAAAACUAUUCCGACCAAACUGGUUUUUACCAUAAAAAAGGCGCACAAGAUAAAGUUAAAGAAUUGUAGCAUGUUAUCAGAAUGUAGCUUGAGGUGAAGAUUUUGAUAAAAGUGGAUUUUGUGCGCCUCGUGAUUUACUUUAAAUUUGAAAGAAAAAGAAGGAAGACGUGACGCGGUAUUUAAAGAUGGCUAAAUGUAAGGGAUAAGAGAUCGGAAGCAAAUGAGUCCAGUUAAAGAUAGUUCGGUGUAUGGAGGAGGUGUUCGGAUUGUAUAAAAUGUUAGUUUUCCAAUGUUAUGAAUUAUAUUAACAAUUGACAGGCCGCUGAGUGGAUCCAUGCUCGUGCGAGACUUCUGUAAAGUGCGUUUACUUUAUGCAAAUUUUAAUGGAUAGUUGCACAACCGCGCAAAUCAUCAACGGGAGUGCGAACUGUAAUUCUACGGUUUGGCAAUAUUUACCGCUUUGCUCUGUAUCUGCUGUAUAAAUGUGCCCCGAGAAUUAACUCGGACGUUGUGGUGUCGACCAUUGAUACGAUUUUCAGUAAUCGGCUCUGCAAUUAAAACGUAUUGUACUUAUUAACCUGUCAUUUCGAAAUAAAUGUCAAUUGGCAUUGAUUAAAAGAAAAUAAAGUAUAAAGUGUCCACCCCUUAGUAGUUACUGAGAUAUGAAAUAAUCGUAAAAGAGGCUUUACCGUGAGAGAAAUUUAAAAAUCCCACUUACGCAGGGCUGCUGAUCCGCCAUCUUGAAUUUGCCAGUAUUGCCAACUAACGGAAUUAUCAACAACGCGAGAAUAAUUGUCAACUUGGCAGAUCAUAGAACAUGACGACUGCUCCGAGAGCUACAUUUGAAACUGCAAGAGGUGGGCAGGGACGUGGAGAAAAGGAUCUGAGUGCGAUAUCCAAGCAAUACAGUAGCAGGGAUUUACCAGCACACACAAAAUUAAAAUACAGAGAACAUGGACAGGGAACAGUCGAGGAGCUCCGUAACCGAGACUUCCGGAAAGAACUGGAAGAGCGCGAACGAGACCGUGACAAGGAUGGUAAAUCCGUAAAUCGCAGAGCAAUCGAAUCUUCCAGAGAGACGUCCACACCUAGCGCUAAACGUCAGAAAAUCGAUCAAGUUCCCGCAGCAAGUUUAGAUGCCGACGAUCCCCCAGAUGACGACGAUUCCGACUCCGAAAGCGACGAAGACGAUACAGCGGCACUUCUUGCCGAACUCCAGCGGAUUAAGAAAGAAAGAGCUGCGGAACAAGCCAAAAAGGAAUUGGAGAAGCGACAAGAAGAAGAAAGGAUCAGGAUGGAAAACAUUCUGUCCGGAAAUCCUCUGCUCAAUUAUUCAUCUCAAAGCAGUCGCACCGACAUGAAAAUCAGAAGACGGUGGGACGACGACGUCGUAUUCAAGAACUGUGCACGGUCGGAGCCUAAGAAAAAACACGACGUAUUUAUAAACGACUCUUUGAGAAGCGAGUUCCAUCGAAAAUUUAUGGAGAAGUACGUCAAGUAGAGAGGUUUAAUUCUAAGCAAAGAAAAAUUCCACAACUGUAUAUAAUAUUAUAUUCUCGUCUCUUAAAGUCGAAUCGACAGAUUUUUCAUGAAAGUAGCGCAUUCGCGAUAGAAUUACUCGUCAUCGACGAUAUCGAUCCAGAGACCAAAUGCCAAUGGCAUCGCAUCUCGACUCGUGUCGACGUGAUUUUUCAUACAGCCGUCGCAUCACCAAAUAGCAUUAGAGAGGAAUAAAGUCGAAGUGCCGGCUUCCUUCCACCGA